ACUGAUGACAUCAGAGCUACAAUAGUGGACCAUGUAAUCAACCAUGGAAUGACCCUGAGGGAAGCUGGCCAACGGGUUCAGCCUAACUUGAGCUGCUACACUGUAGCAAGCAUCAUAAGGACAUUUCAAAAUGAGAAUCGAAUUGCUAGACGACCAGAUGCUGGGGGAAGAGGAACAAUGUUCACUGCAGACCAAGAAACCCAUAUAGUCAAUAUGGUGAUUGCAAAUAAUUCCAUAAGGCUACGCAAAAUUCAGCAGUGCAUAAUUGAGAAUGACACCACCUUCCAGAACAUACAAAAUGUGAGCAUUUCUGUAUUAGGUCGUGUACUUGCCCGCAACAGAAUCCGAAUGAAACAAAUCUACAGAGUACCUUUUGAAAGAAACAGUGAACGUGUAAAACAGCUGCGAUAUGACUAUGUGCAGAGAGUGAUGAAGCUAGAGGCAGAUGCCAUGUGUCAUGAGCAGCUUUUUGUGGAUGAGGCUGGUUUUCACCUCACUAAGACAAAGAGACGUGGCAGGAACAUUAUUGGACACCGUGCCAUAAUCAAUGUCCCAGGACAACCUGGUGGUAACAUAACUAUGUGUGCAGCUAUAAGUCAAAAUGGUGUUGUUCACCAUCAUGUGGUUGCAGAGUUCCACCGAAUCAACAAUGUUAACCUACACACUCAAUUCUACAAGGAGCCGGACAGACACAUGCCUAGACUCAUCACUUUGUUCCGAGACAAGGCCAUCAAGACUUGCAAGAUUGCAGAGGAGCUAGCAAAGUUCAUGAGAAUUUAUGAAAUUCAGUGGGGGUGGAGCCCUGGCGCGGGGUGCCGCGAGAGGUGGAGGAAGAACUCAGCCUGGGUGUCUAUUGUCUUGUGUAGUCUGGAAGUGGAUAACUGGGUGGGCGCAGUUUUCUCUGUGGUGGGGUCGGGUGGGCGGUCCCGUGCUCUGUGGGGCCGGGCAGCGCUGCUGAACUGGGCCCCGGUCUGGAUGGGCCUGGGCCACCUUGCCCUGGUGGAUUGA